GCGGCAACAGUAUUCACGCGCAUUCUCAGUGCAAUGGGAGUCCUGUAAGGAUGGACCCACGGCAAAUCCUGCGAAUUUUGAUCGUUUUAUCGGGAUUGAACGGAGUAUGUGAUGCUCUGUUGUGUAACUGCACCGCUCCACACUGCGAGAGGGAUGGCUUUAAGUGCGAGACGAACGGCGCGUGUGUGGCCUCCACCUCCGUCAUUGAAGGACAGGAGCAACAUGUGCGUCUCUGCAUCCACAAGGAGAAGCUGGUUCCUCCAGGCCAGCCGUUCUACUGCCUCAGCGCUGAGGGUCUGAUGAACACACACUGCUGCUACACCGACUACUGCAACAGCAUCGACCUCAGGCUGCCAAUCGUGACGAAUGGGCCUGGUGCUGGGCAGGACUGGGGGCCGGUGGAGCUGACGGCGGUGGUGGCGGGCCCUGUGUUUGUGCUGUGUGUGCUGGUUCUGCUGGGACUCUUCCUCUUUCAGCACCACCAGCGGGCCUACGGGCACCGGCAGAGGCUGGAGGUGGAGGAUCCCAGCACUGAGCACAUGUUCCUGGCCAAGGACAAGACCCUGCAGGACCUCAUCUAUGACCUCUCCACCUCAGGAUCAGGCUCAGGCCUGCCUCUGUUUGUGCAAAGGACCGUGGCUCGUACCAUCGUCCUACAGGAGAUCAUCGGUAAAGGCCGCUUCGGUGAGGUGUGGAGAGGGAAGUGGAGAGGUGGAGACGUCGCAGUCAAGAUCUUCUCCUCUCGGGAAGAACGAUCCUGGUUUCGAGAAGCUGAAAUCUACCAGACCAUUAUGUUGCGCCACGAGAACAUUCUGGGCUUCAUUGCUGCAGACAACAAAGAUAACGGCACAUGGACUCAGCUGUGGUUGGUGUCAGACUAUCAUGAGAACGGCUCUCUGUUUGACUAUCUGAACCGAUAUUCAGUCACCAUCGAGGGCAUGAUCAAACUGGCUCUGUCGGCUGCCAGCGGCCUGGCACAUCUACACAUGGAGAUACUGGGCACUCAGGGUAAGCCUGGCAUUGCUCACCGUGACCUAAAGUCUAAGAACAUCCUGGUGAAGAAAAACUGCACAUGUGCCAUUGCUGACCUGGGCCUGGCAGUACGGCACGAGUCCAUCACUGACACCAUCGAUAUAGCUCCAAACCAGCGCGUCGGCACCAAGAGAUACAUGGCUCCGGAGGUUCUGGAGGAGAGCAUUAACAUGAGGCACUUUGACUCUUUUAAAUGUGCUGAUAUCUACGCUCUGGGUCUGGUGUACUGGGAAAUCGCCCGCCGAUGCAAUGCUGGAGGUAUUCAUGAAGAAUAUCAGCUGCCCUACUAUGACCUGGUGCCGUCAGAUCCCUCCAUAGAAGAGAUGAGGAAAGUGGUGUGUGACCAGAGAUUACGACCCAACAUCCCCAACUGGUGGCAGAGCUACGAGGCGCUGCGUGUGAUGGGGAAGAUCAUGCGUGAGUGCUGGUACGCGAACGGCGCGGCGCGUCUGACAGCUCUGCGCAUCAAGAAAACCCUUUCACAGCUCAGCGUGGACGAGGAUCUCAAAAUCUGAGCCGACCCAGGAAAAGAGAAUGUGUUCAGACAGGCUACACUCCAAACUCUCCUGCCAGUUUAACAAGUAUUUCCGUCCAGCGAGUUGUGACGGGGCCUACCUCACCCCACGCCAAAACUACUGAUCCCGCGCUACGACCCUUUUAUUGUCUAAUAAUCUACACUCUCAGACUGAAGAAACAACUGACCACUACUAGCGCCCGUUUCUGUAUUCACGCUGGACAUUUAUGUGCUCAAAUCAACUUCCCCAAAGAUCGUUUUGAAAACCUGGAUUGCAUAUAUUGAACUCUCUUAAUUCAGUUUAGCUUCAGUCAAGCCUAAAGGGGUAGUUCACACAAUAAUUAACAUUAACUCAUUUAAUUUACUCUCCCUUAACUGGUUUCAAAUGUUUCUGAGUAUCUUCCUUCUGUUGAACACAAAUUAAGAUGUUUCGAAGUAUGUUGAAAACCUGUAACCAUUGACUUUGCAU